AUGGGGAAACUGCUAUUAAAAAGCAACAAUACGAAGAAAACAUCCAACGGCAACAAUAAAUCAAGCAAUCAUAGUGCUAGAAAGGAUCCGUCAGCAGUGCAAACUACGUUGACUGACAGUUAUUCAGGCUAUUUCCGAAUCGGGAAGAAAAGGCCCGUCACGGAAAAGCUGAAACUUUGCUUCCAGCUUGGUGCAAGCACAAAAUUAUCUGUAGGCAACAACACGGACAAAAAUCCCAAACUACUUGCCGUGAAACAUGAACCAAAUGAGUCCCAAAUGGAGAAACCAGCAGUAUUUAUAUCCGAGGAGGCCAGCAACCACGCAUCCUCACCCAUAACAGCGACAGUGGGGAAAGAGCCGUGUGAGACGCCUUGUCGAAAAUCACGUUGGGAUAUUCGGCCCACCUCCUGCGACAAGCCAAGCAACGCGGACAAAUCUCCAAGCAACGAUGACAGAUCUCAGCAAGGCGCUGAUAUAACCCUCUCCAUCAACGAUAAUGCAGAAAUUUGCGAAGAUGCAGAUAUGGAUUCCAUUCAGGACGAUGAUUUGAGUUCACUUAGCUCACUACAGUCAGAAGAUGACGUACUGGGACCAUGGAUCGAGUUGGGAUUGAUCGAUCCUCACAAAGACCCCGAAACCUCUUCUGUAGCAUUCAAGGACGAUGGACAUCCGAGCGUUCAAACGCAGAACAUCAAGGUAGAAAUGGACUGGUGCAGUGAUUGCGAUAUCUUGCGAACCAACGAUCGUCAGCCAUUUGAUAUUGUUCCUAUGUGUCAAAAAUGCAAAAGGGAAUGGGCAAUCUACUCCAAAGUGUUUCUUUCCGAUUUAAAAGAACAAAGUCAUGAAAACAAACGACGCAAACGGACUCCACCCAAAGAAAAAGUAAAGGCUCGCGUGAAGCCUACCGAAUUCGUUCCAUCGACCAAUUGUUCCGCAUAUACUUGCAACCCAACAGCCAAACCAAGCCCGAUGACCAUCAGAAAGAACCUUUCUACAGUCCGGCGAACCAGGCCUGUGAAGCGCAGUAAAGCGAUCCCGCCUACGAAAUCGAGGAAUUCUCGCACAACCGACAAGCGAAUGGCUCAAAAGCAGCUACGUGCCAAGGUUACAAGGAAGAGUCAGAAAACGUCGAAAUCAAACGUAAAGGACACAAAACAAUACGAAAGCAUCCUCAAAGAUGACACAUCACUAACUGGUAUCGAAGAAGCGACCGAUCGCGACCUGGGGUUUCACUCCAACAUUCAUGGAUUUACAUAUCAGCAACAGGUGGAAGUGCUUAAUAUUAAUGGGCACUGGUAUCGAGGUGUUCUGACAAUGAUGCACGAGGGAAAAGUAAAAGUGAGCUACCUAGACUGGGAUAAUCAGCAUGAAUGGAUCAUUAUGGGUAGCCAGCGAUUGCGGCCGAUUUCAUCAGAGGAUACUGAAGAGGUUCUAUUGACAAACGAAAAAGAAGGCAACACGGAGCACACAGCAACCUUACAUGAGGAUAAAACCUCUGCUAUGGAUGAUGAAAUGAUGAACGAUAUUGGUAAAGACAAACCACAGGCAAUACAAAACGAAUAUAUGGAGUCUGAAUGCUGUACUUUAGACACAGAAAUCGAUCCUCACACAUGUUAUACCGAUACCAAUGAGGAGACGCUGCAGCAUUCAAUACAGCACAGCGUGUUGAAAGGUGUCCAAAGCAAGGACCUUUUAACCAUCGGACCAAAAUCAAGGGCCAACAAUGACUAUGUCAGCUCGACUCUUGAUACAGAUCCAUCGCAUAUUUUCAACGACAACGAAGUAUUCAUGACACGUCGCAUGGCGCGCGAGCUGAUAGACGAGUAUGGAUUUAAGCCCAAUUCUUUUGGAUACCGAUAUAAUCGCGCCGUGGCCGUGACGUUCAAGGGUCCCAAAAAAGCGAUGCAUAGAACAAUGGAAUGGGUAGGCUACCUUCGCGAAAUGCGCAAAGAUGAAGUUAGAGUAUGGUAUCCUACAUUGAGCCAAUCCGAGUGGUUCCGUAUCGGUAGUCGCCGUCUUCGUGUCUUGACCGAAGAAGAGGAAGCCCUAUUCGGUUGUGCACCGGACGAUCCCACGAGUGAGCAAUUGGAAUUGACAGAUGAUGCAGAUAAUAUGGCAGAGGAACCAAUCCCUGACGAAAACGUCAAGUCAGAUACAGAAACUCAGAAACCGGCGAAGCAACGUUCCAAGGGAAAGAAAACACUAGAAGAAGCUGUAGAGAUUGUCCCAGCUGAGGAUAUGCGAAGCGGUAAUGACCCAGAAGAGACGGUAUCUAUGCUUUCACAAGAGAAUAUCGAGCUGGAAACGUCGGCCAACACGCAAUCGGAUGGGGUGCCCAGCUUCUUGACUACAGGUGCAUUUGCCACUCGACGAGCCAUGCGCCAAUUGAAGGAUGAACAUGGAUUCGUGCCGAACCCUUAUGGAUACGCUUACAACCUGGCAGUAGAGAUUCUGAACACGCGCUCGUCAAGGAAGAAAUUCUGGGAACGUGGACAUUUGGUUGCUAUGCAGACCGGAAAAGUCAAAGUCCGCUAUGAUGGAUGGAGCGAAGUAUAUGACGAAUGGAUCAUGGUGGGAAGUCGACGAAUUCGUUUAGCUCCCAGCGACAGCGAAAUCUCACCGUCUACGAAGCCAUGUACAUCAUUUACCACGAGUCAAGAUACAAAUAAUGGCACACUCUCUAUCACCAAGAAUGAUUUACUUAUCACGGAGGCAAAUCCUGAAUUAGCGGAUGAGAGAAAAAAGAACCGUCAAAGGCGACUUUUGGGUCCGGAAGAUUAUCUGAAGCUUGGACUGUUGGUCAAUGAAUCGCAAAUCUCUCAAAAAUCGCGAAGAGGCCGCCCUUCCACGAAAGCAAGCUGUGAGAGCAGCAGCAGUGCUCCUAAGGCAGCAGCAAGUCAAAGCAGCACAGGUCAGAUGAAUGAAGAUGGAGAUUUUUAUGAGACUCAAGGGUUGGACGAAUAUGACUUUGAGUACGCGCAUGGUGAUGAUCACGAUUACAGCCACAAUCCCAGGAAAGGUUUGAGAAAGACGAAAAAGGAGCUAUUACAUCAGAAACGCGACAUUGGAUCAUCAAACGGCAAAUUGAAGGUACUCGAAGCGCCAGUCAUUCCCGUUUCUUCACGGCGACUAGCGCAAUCAAAACGUACGGAGCAUGACUUUAUUGCAAACGUGUAUGGGUAUGAUUAUAUGCAGCAUGUACAGGUGCUCCAUCUAGACAAGCGAUGGUACGAAGGGCGUCUCGUAUCUAUGGAGCGCAAAGCGGUGCGUGUGCAUUACUGUGGAUGGCCCGACGCGUUUGACGAAAAAGUGCGGCUGGGAAGCCGCCGUUUACAGGUGAUUGAGAAUGAUCACGAAGUGUUAUGCAUCGAGCCGAACUACAGAGAGCGAUUUGAAACAUUGCAGCAACAACAGACGGAACACACUGUUCCUAUCGAGAUGGAGGAAACAUUGGACUUGCAGGAAACAUCUGUUAGACGUAAUAUAAGGCGGCUGACAUUGAGUAGUAUGGAGGAGAUCGGCGCCGACCAACAAGUGGAAUAUCAUAAAUUGCCUGAAGACGAGACGGAAAUUGAGGAAAUCGAUAACUGGAAAGUGUAUUGUAACCAAUGCAAGAUUGUCAUCAAGCAGUUUCGCUAUUACUGCACUUACUGUGAGACGCCUUCUGAAGGGUACGAUUAUCAGAGCUUUGAGCUGUGUCUACAGUGCUUUGAUCAGAACUUCCCUUUUUGGCAUGAGCAUCCACGCUCAAGCUUUGCUGUCCAAGCCGUCAUUGACACUGACAUCGGGCCAAUGCCCAUCAAAGGCGAGUUAGUUACCGUUUGGGAAGAGGAUGUACUUGAAGCAACAUCAGUCGCCGAAGCUCACGGUGAUGAUGAGCCACCGGCGAGUGCCGUUACCGCGAGUCAGAUUUUCACGGGUGCCGCACCUAUUGAUAUCGAUCAGGGCUACAAAUAUUUGAAACGGUGGCAGAAACGCACUGUAUGCGCGUUCUGUAAUGACGAUGAUGAUACAUCAGAAGAACUGGGCCAUUUUAUCGGCCCGUUCGUCAUUGCUACGUUUAACAAAAAUGGUGCCGAAAAGAAACGAUCGUUCUGGGCUCAUGACGCAUGCGCACGGUAUUCCCCUGAAGUGUUCUGCACGCCUGAUGGCAAAUGGUAUAAUGUCACGCUAGCGCUUCGACGUGGGCGAGGAAUGAGGUGCUAUGUUUGCAAGGAAAAAGGAGCUACGAUAGGCUGUUUUGAAUCCAAAUGCAACAAAAGCUUUCAUUUGUUCUGUGCGCAAAAACCUGUGAGCUACUUUAAAAACGGCGUUAUUUUCUGGUGCCCAACCCAUGAAGCAUAUUAUAACAAAAAAGAUACCUAUGUCAACAUCUUCAAGUGUGACGGAUGCGAAAAGCAGAUGGAGGAGGAGUCAUGGUUUACUUGCUUACCAUGUGCUUCUAGUUAUUUUUCUUCGUAUGAUUUAUGCAGUGAUUGUUUCGAGAAAUUCCCCGCCGAUCAUGCUCACGACGAAGAUCAAUUCGAGGAAACAUCUUUUGCUAUUAUCAAGGAAAUGGAAGCACAAAAAGCAAUCGAAGCAGCACGUGCUAAAGAAGAGGCUCGCGCGCACACCACGGUGAAAAAGCGCUUGUUUCCCAAGCGCCAACGUCGCAGGCCCGAUGGAAGCCUGGCAACAAGCUGUUGCUACUGUGGAACAUACGACGCAGAAGAGUGGCGAAAGGGUUACGAUGGUGGAGUGCUGAUGUGCAAGCAAUGUUUUGACUUGGCGUUGCUGAUUGAUAGUGAUGGAAAAACUGCGGAAACUCCUCUUAUUGUCGAUGCCGAAGAAACGCAAAAAUACGUUACAUCGAUUGAUGACUACACGCACAAGCCCUAUUUAACAAGAGACGCUCUUUCUGUGUCUAAAUUCAGCCACACAGCUACUGGACCUCGGUUAACCAGUUACGAGCCACAACCUAACCAAUUAUUCUCGCUAGUGUUCGAUUCUACUUAUUAUGAUAUUCCUGGAAGAGCUCCUCGUUGGGCGUCCCAUUCUGGCACAGAUUAUCAUGGAACGUGGUUGCCACAGACCGUACGAAGAGCUAUUUUGAAAUACACCGCAAAGAAUGACCGGGUAUUGUCCAACUUUUUGGGAAGAGGCACAGAUGCUAUUGAAUGCUUUCUGCUAAAGCGCAGAUGCGUUGGUCUGGACAUCAAUCCGGCCGCCGUCGCGCUUGCUCAACGCAACUGUUGCUUUGAAAUCCCGGCAGGCCUGACAUCAGCAGAAUAUCGGCCCAUUGUUGCUCAGGCAGAUGCGCGUCAAUUAUCUGGCGCUUUAUUUGCAGAUGAUUCGUUCGAUCACAUCCUCUCACAUCCGCCUUACAAGGACUGCGUAGCUUAUUCAACUCAUCUGGAAGGUGACUUGUCGAGAUUUAUAAAUAUCGAAGACUUUAAACAAGAAUACCAGAAAGUGGUGCAUGAGAGUUGGAGACUCUUGAAAAUGGGACAUCGAGUUACGCUCGGUAUUGGAGAUAACCGUGAACAUUGUUUCUACAUUCCGGUCGGGUUUCACUUGAUACGCCAGUACAUUGACAAUGGAUUUGAAUUGGAAGAACUCAUUAUCAAAAGACAACGAUAUUGCUCGGCGUUCGGCCUGGGAACUUAUCUUUGCGUGCAGUACGAUUUUCUGGUGUUUACUCACGAGUUCAUUGCAACCUUUCGAAAAAUACCACUGCUGAAUAUCAACAGGAUGACGAAUUAUGACGAGAUGGAGUGUUCCGAUCAUGUACGGGUGACACAUAUUAUGAAGGGCGUGCCAACGUCUGCAAUCGCACGGAAAAGUGUUGUCAUGGGAACUGUAUGGGUGUUUAAGCCUACCGAUCACUUCCGCUUCGAGCAACUGUGCGUUUCACGCAUGGUCGAGCGGUUCGGAAAGGAUGACGGCAAUUGGGAAUUGGUGCAACUGGACUUUAUGUCCCACGAAGUAUCUGAUACCCUCGGUGACAAUCAAGACGAUCCAGCCUCGCUAUCCGCCUAUGAACAAGAACGUCUCAAGCGAAUCGAAGAAAAUAACAAGACACUAUUGAAGCUGGGGUUAAUUUCAGAACUCAGUGAAGAAUCUGACGAUGUUAUCCAUUAUGAGACAAUGAUGACCAAAGAACCUAUAGAAGACGCGCCAUUAGUGCUUAUGGUCGUGGGCCACCAACAAAUUGAAGCACGGCAAAUUGGACUUUAUCGUGAAAGCAUUGUGCAAAUAGCUAUGGAAGCUACGAAGAAGCUUGCGCCGCAGGGCAUGCUGGUGAUCGGAACGCGGGAUAUACGACAAAAUGAGGAUGGCAAACUUUGGCCAAUGACGAUGCUUGUACUCGAAGAUAUUGAACGUGCUGUGGACCGCGAUACGAUGAAGUUGAAAGAAAUGGUUGUCGCGGUACCUGAUGGCUACUCCAAAGAUCGACGUCGAAAGACUACUGCAGGAGCUUUGGUACAGGAUGAUGACAUAGACAUUGUGGAUGAGCAUCUUCCAAUUGUCCAUGCCAUUUAUUUAAUAUUCCAGCGGCUAUAA